GACUAGUUUAAAUUAAUGCAGAAAAAUACUGAGUGUCUGUGAUGAUUUGGACACCUUACCAGAGUUAUCUCAUUUACUCCUCACAGCAACGUUAAGGUGAAGCUUAUCACCGCUUUACAGAUGAUUACUGAGGCACAGAAUGUCUUGUCCAGAAUGUGACUUGUCCAAGGUCACAGCUGCUAAGUACCAGGCUAAGUUUAAAUCUCAAUCUGGCUGACUUGAAAACCUUCAUUAAACACCACGCUGUAUUCCCUCCCACACUAUAAUUGAAAACAAUUUAGGAAACCCAAGAUGAGGUUUAAUAACAUGUAUAGUAAGUGAUAUAAGUCUGAGUUUCCAGACUUUUAUGUCAAGAAAAAAGUGGAAGUUGGAAAAACAACAAAAUCCCCUUCAGCUGUUUCAAAACACAUACAUUUGUCCUUUAGUUGUCAGUAUUCAUAUCUCACCUAAAUUAGAUGAUCUUUACUCUUUCUGCCAUCUUGGAAUCUGAGGGGGCCUGCUAGGAACAGGACUUCUAUAAUGGCAAAUAUGUCUGGAAGACUGUGGUCCAGGGCCAUUUUUGCUGGCUAUAAGUGAUGUCUCUGGACCAGAGGGAACACACAGCUCUUCUUAAAAUUAAAGGAGUUAAUGGUCAAGGAGCAACCGAAUUCUCUUUAGGUCAGGCAUGUGCUUAUGUAUACACAGCAAAGAACAGCACAGUGACUCCUGGCAGCAAAUCGAACAAAACCAGAGUAGUCUGGGAGAAGGUAACUUCUGCUCAUGGAAACAGUGGCAUGGUUCAUGCUAAAUUCCAAAGCACCUUUCCUGCUUAGGCCAUUGGACACAGAAUCUGUAUAAUGCUGUACCUCUCAGGGACUUAAACUUAUUGAAAACUAAAUAACCCUGGCUACUGUGGCUCAGUGGAUUGAGUACCAGCCUGCAGACUGAAUGGCUGAGAGUUCCAUUCCCAGUAAGGGCACAUGCCUGGGUU